AUGGCUCCUCGACGUAAAUUUUUGAAGACUCGUGAAAAGAACUUUGAUUCUCUGAUUCCACGUCCAAGGGGGGCCGCCAAACGCGACUUCGCGUUACAGGACGAAAUGCGUCUCCACGGGGAGGAUGCUACAUACAAUUCAAUACAGGCGAAACCUUCGUCCAUUCAUAUCGGCGCAUCAUUUCAGUACGAGGUGAGAAAGAUCGCCAAGAACAACGGUCUCCGACUCGAUACCACGAUUCGGUUUCAGUCACCGUUGGUCUUGGCUUCUAUAACCAAGAAGGCCAUGUCGCGAAUACCGUAUCUCGCCAAGUUCGAGCACGGCUGGCCCGUGAAAGAGCUUAUCCAGCAAUAUUUGCAAAACCAUUGCGACUACGUGAAACGGAAGGGACGCGACAAAUCGAAACCAAAGUCACGGAAGGCAGCGGCAGGUCGCACAAAACAACCUGUUCCCGCAGACUUUGGCGAGUCGCAAGAGAGUGGUGAAAAUACUGAGGACGCCAGAAAGUGCCAACCAGAGGGAAACACCAUCGUGCCAUACCCAUCGUCAAACACGUCGCAUUCCGAGUCGACGGAAUCUGACCUCGACGACUCGUCGAGCUUUCUACAGGAGACCGAAUCAUCUCAAGAUAUCUCGCACUGGCAGGCUCAGGAUGCUUCAGAACACUCGCCAAACGAGGAAGAAUUUCGUGCGACUUCUCCGGUAUCUGAGCUGACCAUGGAGGAAAUCCAGGCUGAAUGGAAGCCAGUGUUCAGAAAGCGUGCCCGAGACUGGUGA